AAUAAAAAUGCAAAAACGUGAACCAGGUUAUAACAUGAACUCAGAGUUAUAACUGGGCUAAUGUGCAGUCACGUGGAUGAAUUCAAAUUGUUUGUGUAUAUUAGAUAAACAGCACCUCCUGUCUCUGAUAAUGGAGUACUCCUCCAUUGGAACGUCACCUUACCUAUAAUAAAAAGUGCCAAAUUUAGUUUGAUUAUUUGAUUUUGUGGAGCGAACAACAGUAAAAGCAUAAGCAGGAUAAACAGUCGCGAACGUUCUGCUGCACGGUGUGUCUGAUCGGGGUGUCACGUGACGCGCUGGCGGCAUGCAGCCGUAUGGGUGACGGGAACUGCCGCCGCGUGGUGGUGUUCGGCCGGCGGCCUCCGGAGGAAUGGAGAGCGACGAAGAGAAUGAAGAGGAGGUGGUGGUAGGACCACUGGAUGACGACGGUCUGCCUCACGGAUUCUGCACCGUAACGUACUCAUCCAGCGAUCGCUUUGAGGGACACUUCACCCACGGAGAGAAGAAUGGCAAGGGCAAGUUCUUCUUCUUUGACGGAAGUACCUUGGAAGGCUACUAUGUGGAUGACGCCCUGCAGGGUCAGGGGGUGUACACCUAUGAAGACGGAGGGGUCCUCAAUGGAAUGUACGUUGACGGCGAGCUCAACGGACCUGCUCAGGAGUUUGACAGUGAGGGUCAUCUGUCGUUUAACGGCCAGUACAAAGACGACGCCCGCUGUGGAGAGUGUUGGAUCUACUACCCCGACGGAGGCUGUGUGUUUGGGGAGGUGAACGAGGAAGGGGAGAUGACCGGAAAGUCCAUGGCGUACAUCUACCCUGAUGGAUGCACCGCUCUUUAUGGAAGCUUUGUGGAUGGGGAGAUCAUCGAAGCCCGAUCCGCCACAAUGAUCUCCAAAGACCACGGAAGGCCUCGCUUUGAAGUUGCCCCCAACAGUCCCGUGUACUCGUAUGAUAAGUCUACGUCUACCUGCAUUGCCACCCACACUCUCCUCCCAGACCCAUACGAGAGCCAAAGGGUGUUUGUGGCCGAUUCGAAGAUCAAAGGAGCAGGGCAGGGCCUCUUCGCCAAGAAGGACUCGGAGCCUGGUACCGUCAUGGCCUUUUACAACGGGGUUCGCAUCACCCACUCCGAGGUGGACAGCCGGGACUGGGCCCUCAACGGGAACACGAUCUCCCUGGAUGAAGACACCGUCAUUGAUGUGCCAAAGCCGUUCGAUCAGACCGAGAGAUACUGCGCUUCUUUGGGUCACAAGGCCAACCACUCCUUUACGCCCAACUGCAAAUACGACCCUUUUGUUCAUCCCCGCUUUGGACAAAUCAAGUGCAUCCGGACACUGAGAGCUGUGCAGAAGGAGGAGGAGCUCACGGUUGCCUACGGUUACGACCAUAAGCCCACAGGUCAGAAUGACCCAGAGGCUCCCGACUGGUACAAGCAAGAGCUGGAGGCGUUCCAGCAGCAGCAGCAUCAUCCUCCUGCUGGACAGUAACGACACAUCCGAUUCCCUGGAAUUCUGGUGCAUUGUGGAUCUUGAAGUCCUGCUUGAAUGGAGGCAUCGUUUAGGACAAAGUUGCACAAGAACUAUGCAAGAAACCAAAAUAAUUUGACUUUUCAGAUGUUUUUGAUGUUUUCUCGUGUAACAAAUAAUUCAACCUGGCACUUUCAGUGUUUGUCUUUUCAGGCUUAACGUUAAAACUCAACUUUUACCUUGACGUUAACUUGAUUUGUUACCAUUAUUUGUAACAAAUCAACCACUUAAAAUGUGAAUACGUUUAUAACCCUGCCACCUACAAAUACAGUCUAUGUACUAUUUAAUGUGUGUGAUGUUAACAAAGGUCAUGCAAAGUGUUACCUGAAAUUUGAGUUUUUUACAGAGCUCUGGUGCAGUUUUCUAAUCCAUUUACACAAGUUCAGCUCAACAAUUAAAGGUCAAAAUGAUCAAAUUCAA